AUGUUCAUGUUUCUGUACGUGUGUGUAUCAAACAGUCCAGUAUCCGGUGUACCGCCGCUGGUUCAAGCUCGCAACUCAAGGCGGAAACUCGCGAGGGCGGGCGAGGCUUUAGGGCUGGUGAGGGCGGGCGGCCGGCUCGAGCUACUCCGACCGACUGACGAAUACAGCCUACAGGAGACACGAGGCGGAUAUGACGAGGAUGAAUGA